UAUUAUUUGUAUAAAACUAUUCGAUGAUAGAAAUGGGAUACUUUUUAGUAUCAAUAUAAAAAAUAAUAUGCAGUGAACAGAUUUUUGUUGACGUCAUCACUCGUCGGCUCACCUAACGUUCUUUUCUGUGCUGGGGCUGCUACCACGUGUAACGAUUCAAAAUGCCAAAGCUGGUGUGCAGUAAGACCUUUGUGACUCCUCGACGCCCUUUUGAGAAAGAGCGUCUAGAUCAAGAGUUAAAACUCAUUGGAGAAUUCGGCCUUCGCAACAAGCGUGAAGUAUGGCGUGUCAAGUACACCCUAGCAAAAAUCAGGAAGUCGGCGCGUCACCUAUUGACACUUGAGGAAAAAGAUUCAAGGCGUCUUUUUGAAGGUAACGCCCUUUUGCGUCGCCUUGUCCGUAUUGGAGUGUUGGAUGAGUCGAAGAUGAAACUUGAUUAUGUGUUGGGUCUACGUGUUGAAGACUUUCUGGAGCGCCGUCUUCAAACCCAAGUCUUCAAGCUCGGGUUGGCAAAGAGCAUCCAUCAUGCCAGGGUGUUGAUCCGCCAAAGACACAUUAGAGUGCGCAAACAAGUUGUGAACAUUCCAUCCUACAUUGUGCGACUCGACUCUCAGAAGCACAUUGACUUCUCUUUGAGAUCACCAUAUGGAGGAGGACGUGCUGGACGUGUUAAGCGAAAGAACGCAAAGAAAGGAAAGGGUGGUGAUGAUGUUGAAGAAGAAGAUGAAGAUUAAAAAGCAAACAUCACUGUUAGUCAUUACCAGUAUUUAAAAGUACUUGGUAUUUACACUUUUCUCAUUGAUGAAAUUAUAAAAUUUUAAACUCAUUACCAGUAGUUAUAAGCCCAUGGUUAUUUUCCCACUUUUUUCAGUGGAGAAGUGUUUGAAUAGUCAUUGUUGUACCAGUAACGACAAGUGAGUGGCAUUCACACUUUUCCCACUGGAGAAGUGUUGAAUAGCCAUCGUGGUACCAGUAGUGACAAGUGUCGCUAUUCAUGCUUUUCCCAAUGGAGAAGUGUUGAAUUGUUGUCAUAUUACCAGUAAUGACAAGUGCGUGGUAUUCACGCUUUUCCCACUGGAGAAGUUUUGAGCAGUCAUCAUUGGACCAUCAACGACAAUUGUUUGGUAUUCAUGCUUUUCUCAUAGACCCCUUGCAAUGUUUACAUUGGACCUGGCUGAAACGCUGGUGGCGCCCUAAACUGGAGGCAGAAAGGCUAUCUUUAAUACACUGUCUUGGUUUGUUUUUUUUUUUGUUGUGCCAAAAGCAUAAAAGCUACAUGGAUGAAAAUCACAUAUGACAUAUUUACAUAUAUUAGGAAUUGACAACAAAAAUAAAAAGUGAAAAAUUUUUAUUUUUUCUAUUUUUAUUCAAUUUUUAAACUCAUCUCAUCGGAUGUUGCCAUGUGUGAGAGCACCAGACCAAGAAAGCGAAUUAGCUUCAUUGCACGCUUCAAUUCCUAAUAUAUGUAAAUAUGUCUCAUGUGAUUUUCAUCCAUGUAGCUUUCAUACUUUUGGCACAACAAAAAUAAAUAUAACCCAGACAGUGUAUUAAAUAUAGCCUUUCUGCCUCUACUGCCUCCAGAUUAGGGCGCCGCCAGCGUUUCAGCCAGGUCCAAUGUAAACAUUGCAAGGGGUCUAUUGGAGAAGUGUUGAAUUGUCAUCAUAUUACCAAUAGCGACAAGUGUUUGGUAUUCACCCUUUUCCCACUGGAGGAGUAUUGAAUAGUCACCGUAGUAUCGUCAGCAGACAAGUAUUUGGUAUUCACACUUUUCUCACUGGAGAAGUGUUGAAUAGCCAUUACACACCAGUAGUGACAAGUACUUGUUCACAACUCUGUUCUCAAUGAUUUUUCAUUACUGGUAUUGACAUAAUAACUUUGGUUUUAAUUUAAACUGAUCCAAGAUGUUGUAUGUAAUAUAUAACAUUAGCACAUGUAUCAAUGAGAUUAAAGUAUAAAAAAAGGAAA